AUGGCCAAUUCUACACGUCGCCGCUCGAUCUCUGUCUCGAUUGGCGAAGUGAACGAAGAUGAGGCGAUCGAGAAGAUGCCACCACGAGCCACAAAAUGGACAACGAUGCGGAAUAUGCGAAUCGAGGGACACAUCGAUCGAUCAAGGGCCCCACUGCAAGAUCAAAGAAAUGUGGUCUCGCGCCGAGCCAUGCAAAAGACGGAGAAAUUGCGACGUUCUGCCUCGGAAGCUCCUGGAAAUCGAAGAAGCACAGGCGUUUCGAUGGCCACUCACAUCUACAGCCGCUUCAAGGGAGUGCUCUCGAAUUUGGUCAGACAUCGCGUGGAGGAGCCAAUUGGAGGCGAUGUCGAGCCACGCGCGAAUCUCCCUGUGUCAAAUGUGAGUGACGAGCGAUGCGCAUCAAUCCUCGCUGAUAAUAUUCUCUACAUGUACGCAUAUCAGUUUCUACCCAUCAACUUCGACCAUUCGCAGUUCGGUGAUCGCAAAAGGACCGUCUACUAUGCCUGGUUGCACGAGAUUUGGAGCUAUCAUCCUUGCUAUCACCCGACGAACAGCUUUUUCCUCGCCGUGCACUUGUUGGAUCGUUUUCUUGUGUUACUAUCGGGUACUCAGCUGAAAGAUGAGGAAAAACGACUCGAAUCUGCUGGCCUUGCCGCUCUUCAAUUGGCCGUCAAAUUCGAGACACAGUGCCCCCUUGCCGAGGACCUUGUUCGCACCUUUAAAAUCGCCGAGAUCAAUCGUUAUGAGCAUGUGCUCCUAGAACUUUGCAAUUUCGAGCUCGGCCGACACUCGGUGAUGGAUUUUACACGCUUGGUUCUAGAAGCAAUCACCCCGCUCUCAUCCCGUGAUCGCCUCUCCAACCAACGACAUUCCCGUGCAAAGCUUUUAGCUGUUCUUUCAGUUUUCGCCCCAUCGUUGACCUCUGUGAAGCCAUCAUUGGUUGCUGCUGCGAUUGGUCGUCUGCUCGUUUUCUCCGAGAAUCGUGCAUGGACUCCCGAGAUGCAAGAAAAGUUGCAACACUCGACUAAAGAGGUUUAUCCGGUGCUUGAAGAUCUCGUCAUACACAUUGGACUGUGCAAAGAAAGUACGUGGGCUGGGAAAGAUUUGAUCAAAUACUGGCGCAAGAAUGGAGCCGAUAUUGAAGAGUUUACGGAUUGUCUUCUUUCUGAUCUCACUCGAUUGUACGAAGAAGAAGCCGAGGAAUUU